CCGCUCUUCGUUCGAGCCUCGACGAUCGUCGAUGUGCAUCCAAGUCCACCCGUGCGAUACACUGCUGGACAAGGAGACCGGUUCGCCGUAUGUCCGUCUGCUGCGCCGCUUUCGCAGCGCCGUAGACAGCCAUGGAGAUCGCGAUGGGAGACAACGGCCCAGUGGCCAUGGCCGCCGGCAUGAAACAAGCCCGCUCCGUCACACCGUCCGGCGAAGCCACCCCUUUGACCCUCACUCCCAGUGCAUACGAGAGGAGCGUCACCAGCGUCACACCGGACCAUACGACGCUCACCAACAGCCGGGAGCGGUUCUUUGUCAUGGCGCUGAGUGCGUUGCUCCUUUUCAUCAGCGGCUCGCUGUUCGGCAUCCUCAUAUCUCUGCUAUCAGACGACCGAGCCUGUCCCAAGCUCUACUGGCCGUCCGCGCUGGGGCUCAACAUCUUUGGCUCGUGGCUGCUGGAGUGUUUCGAAAUGCGCGAUUAA